CUCGAAGUUUUCACAUCAGCUGCAGAUAUGGCAAAAGCAAAUAAAAAAAAUACAAAGGGAAAAAAAACUGCUCUUAGGCCUAUUUUAAAAAUAUCAUUAUUUACCUUCUUAGUAUGGAUAGGGAAAAGUUCCAACAAUGAUGGAAACUACGAGGGCGCAAAUGGCGCUCAGAACUUGGGAAAAUCACAGAUCUUAAGAAAUGGUAGAUUGUUAUCAGAGCAACCCAAAAUAGAAUUCGACGCCGUGUUCAGCACAUUCAAAGAUAGUUUUUUAGAUAAAAUGGGAUUAGGAGACCAGGAACAGAACCAAAUUAAAGAUAUGAUGCAUUCAUAUUUUAAGAAUUUAGAUUUGGCUGCCUUAGAACGACAGGUUCAUGAGAAUCCAGAAAUGUUCCAACAAUUUGCACAAUUUCCAAAUUCACUUAGUGAUAUCCAAGUACCACCCAAUUUGCUUGAACAGUUCCCACCACCCCCUGGCAUGUUGGAACAGUUUAAUCUCCCACCAGAUGUGCUGGAAAAGUUCCCACCCCCACCCAAUAUGCUUGAGGAGUUUCAAAAAGAUCCGAACAACUUUGGUCCAUUCGGUCCACUUUCCCCGAGCAUGUCCACGCCUCCCCAACCUGGGACAAGUGCCAGCUCAGACGGAGAACCUAAACCAGGAACUAGCGCUAGCUUUCAUUUAGAACCUAAACCUGGUACAAGUUCGAAGGAAGAUGAUGGUGAGAAGCCAGGACCAAGCUCAAGUAUGCCAGGACCAAGCUCAAGUAUGCCAGGACCAAGCUCAAGUAUGCCAGGACCAAGCUCAGGAAUGCCAGGACCAAGCUCAGGAAUGCCAGGACCAAGCUCAGGAAUGCCAGGACCAAGCUCAGGAAUGCCAGGACCAAGCUCAGGAAUGCCAGGACCAAGCUCAGGAAUGCCAGGACCAAGCUCAGGAAUGCCAGGACCAUGUUCAGGAAUGCCAGGACCAUUGCCUCCAUUCCCAGCUUUUACUGAUCUUUUCGGACCACCAAAACCAGGUGCAUGCGAAAAUGGGCAACCGUGUAUGCCAAAUUUUAACUUCUUAGAAGAGUUACAGAAAAAUGCAAACUCAUUUGGAGAACCUCAAAAGGGAGAAAAUGGAGUUCCAGGAAAUCUUCGUGGAGUUGAGCCAAAGAAGGAUAACAAGAAACAAGAUGGAGAACAAGAGGGUAAUAAUUUGACUGAGGGAAGCAAAGUCGUGCUUGAGGAAGGAAAGGAAGAAAAGAAGGAAGAAGCUACUGAAGGAGAGAAGAAAAAGGAAAAGAAAAAACAAGUAGUUGUGGAGGAAGAAGAAAAUAGUGAAGAAGAUGAUGAUGAAUCCGAUGAUCAAGAUGAAGAAUUUGUAGAUGCCAUAGAAGAAGGAAAUGAUGAAGUAUUUGAAGAUGCAGUGGAAAAAUUUGAGGAUCUGGAGCAACCACCUACAUUACCACAGUUCCCAUCGCAGAAGGCCCAAACGCCUCAACCCCAAACGCCAGAACCCCAAACGCCAGAACCCCAAACACCACAAUCCCCAGAACAGACAAAUUUUCAACCCUUCGGAAACUUUUCCUUUCCAGGUAUGCCUAAUCUGGAUAUGUUACUUGGUCAACAAUUAGCAAAGAACGAAGAAACGAGCGCACUAACAAGUUUUGUUAAUAAAUUAAAUUUGUUUGGUAUCGAUGCUAAAUUAUCUGUAAAUGCAACUUUCCUAGUUGGGCUUGCUUACUAUAAUGUAAAAUAUUUCGUAUAUAUCAUGAUGUUUAUUAUAGGGCUGAAUUUAUUUAGGGAAUUAGGCGACAUCUUUACUAAGUUCCGUUUGUUAAAUUUUAACCUGCAUUGUUAUAUGUACAGACAUACGAAGAAAAUGGUUUUUAGUAGAUUGGUAGAGGGUGCCACUCCUGGUAAGGAGCCAGGACAAUAUGCAAUGGUCAGCUCAAAUAGUGAUGGUGGAACCACAGCGAAGGACCACGGCAGAGGCAAAAUAAUGGGUGUCUUUUCUGCUUGUAAAGUUGUGACAUUUGCUCUCCUUUUUUGGCUAGUACAGUGCUGCAGCAUGUACUCCGACGUGUCCAUGCAGGAUCACUACAACAUGGGCAGAACAGCUGCUGUGAGACCCAGUAGAUUAUUAGGGGAACCAGUAGUCGAAUUCGAUGCAGUGUUCGAUCUCUAUCAGAGAAGCUUUUUAGACAAAAUGGGAUGCGAUAGCAAGCAGAAGGACGAAAUUAGAACUAUGAUGAAAUCUUAUUUUGAUAAAAUAGAUUUGGGAGCCUUGGCUCAACAAUUUGAAAAAAACCCUUGGAGCAUGUUGCAGUGUCCACCAGGAAUGCCUGGAAUGUUUCUACCGCAAUCUGGAGCGUGCCCAACUGCAUUACCAGGAAUGUGCAAACCUUCCAAUGAUUCCAUAUUGGGACAAUCAAAUCCAAAUGAGAGUAAAAGUGCAGACCCCAAGGAAAAAAAGGAAGGUGAGGAGAAUACUUCAAAUGGUAGUGAUGAGCAGGGAACAGAAGGAAAACAAGAUGGAAAAAUAGAGGAUCAGAAAAAAAUACAGAUGAUAUUCCCAACUGAUAAUAGUAACCGUAGCCCCGUUUCAAAUUAUUUGAACUUUUUCAAUUACUUGUGGUCACCUUCCUUCAUUGUCAUGAGCUCACUUAUGUCAGCAUGUUUCGGACAGUAUCAACUUAUGAUGGCUUUAUUUUCCAUAUUAUUUUUGAAAGGAAGAACAAUGAUGAUAAGUUACGGUGGGGCAAAUGUAAUAAGUGCCUGUGGAGGACGGGCACGAAAUGUAAUGGGCGGUGACGGGUAUAGGAACGUUGAAGGGUUAGCAGGACAAUGUCCUCGAAAAGGGGUAAAAUAUGCUGCUUUUUUAAAGCUUCUCAUGUUUGCCCUGUUCAUAUGGAUAGUACAGGAUUCACACAGGAGCACAAGGCAUGGAAUUGCGGAAGGGAUCCCCCAACAAGAACAAGUAGCCGUGCACAAGGGAGCUAGCAGAUUAUUAGCAGAAUCGCAAAUGAAUUUCGACGAAGUGUAUGGAACAUUCAAAGAACACGUUUUGGAAAAAUUAGGGUGUGAUGAAGAAGAAUGCCAAAAGGUAAGGAAUUCUGUGAAGUCCUAUUUCGAUAAGAUAAAAUGGAAUGUGGAAAAUGAGCAGAGUGCAAAGGAAUCUGAGGAAGAAAGUGGGGGAUCAGAUAACUCUUCGGAUAGGAAAAAUAAAGGAAAAAGGAAUUAUAAAUGUGCAGGAAUUUUAGGAUCACUCAUUGAUUCAGUUGUAAAUUACAAGCUUACAUCCCUCACCAUUUUUAUCCUAGCUCUUGGAUACUUUAAGUCUCGAUACUUACUCGUAGUUAUGAGCGCAGUUAUCCUACUAAAUGUAUUUUGGGAGCUGGAGAGCUUAAAUAAAAAAUUGAAAAUUCUGUAA